AUGACUGCUGUUCCCGCUGAGCUUCUGACUGCACUCGAGCCGCCCAGGCCGUCUCAGACCGUCUACCGCGAGGAGUGCACGCAAUGCUUCGACUCGCACGACUCGGAUGCCGGCGUCGACGUUUGCCUGCACUGCUUCAACGGCGGCUGCCCGCCCGCCAUCAACGGCGUCGAAAGUGCGAACGGACACGGGCGCCUGCAUUUCGAGCGGACGGGGCACAGGGUGGUCGUGAACAUCCAGAGGAGGCGCAAGCCGGCGAGCGAGCUGCGGAGGAACAAGCGGGACUCGAAUGAGCCGCCUGUCAAGAAGCUCGCGAUCAGGGAGGAGCCGUCCGAGGAAGAGAAGUACGACUUUCACACCCAGGUCCGCAUGUAUACGGGCGGCGAGGGCGACAGGGCGAUGGCGCAGUACGUUGUGGUGGACCAGGUGGACGACAAGUUGAGCAGCCUCAUUGCUGCCGUUUUGAGCGCCAUGUCGUCGGCUCAACGGAGCGAGGUCAAGGCGUGGGAGGAGGAGAUUGUGCCCUGCCAGCACACGCGCGAGCUCAUCCAGCCAGAGCCGAAGAAGCUCGAGCCUGCGGGCCUCGCCUCCUGCGCCCAUGCCGACUGCGGUCUCACCUCGAAUCUGUGGCUUUGCCUCACCUGCGGCGCGCUCGGUUGCGGCAGGCAGCAGUAUGGCGGCGGUGGCGGCAACGGGCAUGCGCUGAAGCAUACGAGUGACACUGGUCAUCCCGUCGCGGUCAAGCUUGGGACUAUUGAGCCGGAUGGCUCAGCCGACGUCUACUGCUACGCUUGCGACGAUGCUCGAAUCGACCCAAAUCUCGCGAAGCAUCUCGCAAACUUCGGCAUCGAGGUCGCUGAGCAGAAGAAGACGGAGAAAAGCAUGACUGAGCUGCAAGUCGAGCAGAAUCUCACUUUCGACUUUGCGAUGACCGGCGCGGAUGGUAAGGAACUUGAGCCGCUGUUCGGACCGGGUCUGACGGGCAUGAAGAACCUCGGCAACAGUUGCUACAUGGCGUCCUCGCUGCAAUCCGUCUUCUCGCUCCCGGUCUUCCAGGACCGCUACCUCACCUCGUUCGUCAUCCACCCUCAGACCUGCACCAACCCUUCCCCCGCGACCUGCUUCGAGUGCCAGAUGAGCAAGAUCGCGGAUGGACUGCUCUCCGGUCGCUACGCCGUUCCACACGUCCCCGACCCGUCCGACGCUCUCGCAGGCAGCGACACCUCCGCACCUGUCGACUCAGACAAACCUCGCGUUUACUUCCAGGAAGGCAUUCGACCUGCGAUGUUCAAGGCGCUUGUCGGCAAAGACCACGCCGAGUUCUCGACGAUGCGGCAGCAGGACGCCGGCGAGUUCCUCCAGCACCUCCUCGAGUACAUCCGGCGCGCUUCCAAGUCGCUCGGCGUUGAGGAGCCAACCGGCAUCUUUGGCUUUGCGGUCGAGGAGCGCCUCGAGUGCUCGCAGUGUCACGGCGUGCGGUACAAGACGCAGAACGAGGAGCUGCUUUCGCUGCCUGUCCCGGUCAAGAAGCGCGAGGCGAUGGACGUCGAGGCAACCCCCGGCGCGGCGUCUGCAGGAGGCGAGGCCCGGACGACGUACGAGCAGGACAAGGACCGCAAGGUCGAGUACGAGCCCGUCCAGCUCACCGACUGCCUCUUCAACUUGACGAGUCCGACCGAGACCGAGUACAAGUGUCCGGCGUGCGACGCCAAGGUUACGGCGGUCAAGUCCAUGCGCUUCUCCACCUUCCCCGACGUCCUCCUCGUCAACGCUGCCCGCUUCCAGCUCGACGGUUGGGUUCCUCGAAAGGUCGACGUUCCCGUCAUCGUGCCGUUUACCGACCUCGACAUGAGCCCGUUCGUCGGCAAAGGCUUGCAGCAGGGCGAACGCGAGCUUCCGGCGGACAAGGAGGACGCACCCGCGGAGCCGCAGUUCGACGCCGAGGCGAUGAACCAGCUCAUCGGCAUGGGCUUCCCCGAGAUCCGCGCCAAGCGUGCUCUCCUCGCGACGGGCCACAACGGCGCCGAGGUCGCGAUGAACUGGCUGUUUGAGCACAUGGAGGAUCCAGACAUCGACGACCCUCUUCCCGCCGCCGCUUCCUCCUCCGCUACCUCUUCCGCCGCCGACCCCUCUCCCGAAUCGAUCUCAACCGUCUGCGAGAUGGGUUUCACGCCCGCCCAAGCGCGCAAAGCCCUCCGCGAGACGGGCGGCAGCAUCGAGCGCGCGGUCGAGUGGCUCUUCUCGCACCCUGACGACGACGGGUCCGAGUCUGUUCCUGCCGCACCGACCGCGGCUGCCGGAGGAGCAGGGGAGAAGAAAGUGCCUGGCUCGAAGGACCUCCCGGCCAAAUACCGCCUCAAAGCGUUCAUCUCGCACAAAGGACCCUCGGUCCAUUCGGGCCACUACGUCGCGCAUGUCUGGACUGGCCAAGCCGACGCGAAUGGCGGGGGAAAGGGCGGCUGGGUGUUGUUCAAUGAUGAGAAGGUCGUGAGGGCGGACGAGGGCGAGCAGGCGGCUGAGAGGCUGAGCCCGUUCGCGUACGUGUACGUGUUUGAGCGGGUCAGGGAGUAG